UCAGAAUUUCAGAGGAUAAGGUCCGCACUUCGAGGACUCUGUUUGUUUGCUUUAAGGGUUUCGUUUAUUUGUCGUUUUCCAUAACCGAUUGCACUCUGUAAUGGAUGAUCGUGUUCGAUCGUAUCACUUUCUUGUGGUGAAUAUUUCUGAAUUCCAUGUGAGUUGACUCUUCCAAGUUGGGGGGAGAAAUAUGGAAAUAGAACAACAGUUCAAUAAUAUUCGUUGUUUGUGAAUAUAAUUGAGUGGAACAUUUCAAAGUUGUACUGCCUCUUCUCUAUGGAGAUACAAUUGCGUCAAUUUUGACGAUUUCUGUUCGGCUUGUGUGAAGAUCUCUGGGAGAAAUUGACUGGGAAGGCAUUUUUGCUGAAAUCUCUCACGAAGAUGGUUGACAAGGAAUUUUUCACCGAAUAUGGUGAAGCUACUCAAUAUGAAAUUGAAGAAGUUAUAGGCAAAGGGAGCUAUGGGGUUGUUGCAUCUGCCAUAGACACUCACUCUGGCGAGAAAGUUGCCAUCAAGAAGAUAAAUAAUGUCUUCGAGCAUGUUUCGGAUGCUACACGGAUUCUUAGAGAAAUUAAGCUCCUCCGUUUUCUUCGGCAUCCUGAUAUUGUUGACAUAAAACAUAUAAUACUCCCUCCUUCCAGAAGGGAGUUCAAAGAUUUGUACAUUGUUUUUGAGUUGAUGGAGUCCGACCUUCAUCAUGUACUCAAAGCUAAUGAUGAUCUCACCCCUCAACAUCAUCAAUUUUUCUUGUAUCAACUUCUUAGAGCCUUGAAGUAUAUACAUUCAGCACAUGUGUUCCAUAGAGAUUUGAAGCCAAAGAAUAUACUUGCCAAUGCAGACUGCAAACUGAAGAUCUGUGACUUUGGGCUUGCUCGUGCAUCUUUUACUGAUGCCCCAUCUGCUAUUUUUUGGACUGAUUAUGUGGCUACUCGAUGGUACCGUGCUCCUGAACUCUGUGGCUCCUUUUUCUCAAAGUAUACACCAGCUAUUGAUAUUUGGAGCAUAGGAUGUAUAUUCGCUGAAAUGUUGGCAGGCAAGCCAUUGUUUCCUGGGAAUAGUGUUGUGCAUGAGCUGGAUCUAAUAACUGAUUUACUUGGUACUCCUUCGGCUGAAUGCAUUGCUAAGAUUCGUAAUGAAAAGGCUAAAAGAUACUUGAAUAGCAUGAAAAAAAAGCACCCUAUUCCGCUGUCAAGAAAGUUCCCUAAUGCAGAUCCACUUGCUCUUCAUUUACUUGAGCGUCUGCUUGCAUUUGAUCCGGAGGAUCGUCCUUCUGCUGAGGAGGCAUUAGCUGAUCCAUAUUUCCAUGGGCUUGCAAAUGUGGAGGAUGAACCAUCGAGGCAACCCAUUUCAAAACUUGAGUUUGAGUUUGAAAGGAGAAAGUUAACCAAAAAUGAUGUCAGAGAGCUUAUUUAUAGAGAAAUUUUAGAGUAUCAUCCUCAAAUGCUACAGGAAUACCUUCAAGGUUCUGAGAGUCACUUCUUGUAUCCCAGUGGAAUUGAUCAAUUCAAGCGUCAAUUUGAUCAUCUGGAGGAACACUCUGGUAAAGGUGAGAGAGGCAGUCCGCUCCUGAGGAAGUAUGUCUCCUUGCCUAGGGAGCGAAUCUGUACACCAAGAGAUGAAGAUGAUGAUAAUUGUAAAACAGAACAGAAUGCAACUUCAGCAGAACCUGCAGCGCUUCAAAGCACUCCUGGACCUGGUUAUUCAUUAACUGCUCUGAAUGGUUCUGUUCAAGUAGACUGCAGCAAUUACAACCUGUUGAGGAGUGCAAGUAUUAGUUGCUCAAAAUGGGUGGAUUAAUUGCAAAGGUUGCACGGCAGAAAGAAUGCCAGAUUGCUAGCCUUUCUCAGAAUCUUAAAUUGUAAAAUGUCUCUCAUUCAUAUGGCUUUGAACUUGCCAUUUAACCUUUAAGCUCUCAUAUGGUUCCACUUCUGGGCCAUUUUAGUUUAUCAUAACUGAUGUAUUGGUAAAGGAUAAAUGUGGACAACAUAUGCAAAGUAAGAACAAACGAUCAAAUUUAUGCCUUUUGGCUUAGCGUUUCUUCA